AUGUCUGCUUUUACGAUCAUGAAUUUUUCCCUUUUUAAAACACAUCUUCAGGACGGCCUUCAUAUUGUCAGACCGGGAGAGAAUGCAGAGGUCCUUCUUAGGCGUAAUGCGAACUUUAACAAAGAAAAUUUGUCGUCCGCGUCGAGGUGGAAAACGUGCUUUCUAAAACCGAAAGAAGACGGCUUUGGUUACACACCAGUGUGCAAAGAUGAUGAAGAAUUACGUCGUUUGAUUCAGGAAGCUGUUUUGUUGGGUCAUAAAAGUCCUAAAGACAAACGCACGGGCCGCGUUAAAGCUACCUAUCGCUUUGAGAGAUGCAUCGGUGUUUACACCUCCUUUAGGAAUGGAAUCGAUGAAACUGAAGGUUUCAAAAUAACACCAAUCCACACAAUUGAGGUGAUCUACAUCCCGAAGGAGGGGGAAGAUAUUAUAGUUGGAGUAUCAGCUUAUCCUUCAUUUGAUCCGAGGCAACAAAACUGCUGA